GUUUGUAGCAGGUAAAUGUAUCCCUUAUCAAUGAAAAGGUUAACCAACAUGCUGCGGCCAAAGUUUUCAGAGGAGGGAAGUAAUGCCAACCGUUUUGAAAAGGAGGUCUAUCAGAUGUUCAUAAAGUAUCUUAGAGAGUUGUCAGCUGGAAGAAGAGGAAGCAUUACUCUUGGCAGUGUCCUCAUAUUUGUGACUUCAACUGAUGAAGAGCCAGCACUGGGAUUCAAGCUGCCACCAACUCUAGUGUUUGAAGAAGUUGAAGAGAAAAAAUUUCUUCCUAAGUCAAGCACAUGCAUUAACCAACUAACAUUACCCCGUGCAAAUGAGACAGAACCACUGCCGUCACAAGAAUUACUUUUCAAUUUAUAUGAUUAUGCUUUUGCAAAUGCACAUUACGGUCUUGCCUAGACACAUAUAUAUGAUUUUUAAAACCUGAACUUUGAAGUAGCUAUUGUUUUGUGAGCAAAAGGCUCAUAGUGAGCUAUUGCGACCACUUGAUUUCUGUUGUCUGUCAUCAAUUAUUGAAACACAUCUCGCUCCCCAGAACCACAAUACAUAUAGCUUAGAUAUUUUCCAUGUUCUUCAACCAGCAGAGCUCGCUUUUUGUUUUAUUGUCAUUUAAUUUUGGAAAU